GACAGACAGUCAUCAGCAUCUAUGUGCAGUCUAGACUCAGGCUGUGAGUUGGUGAAGCCAGUUAAAGGCGAGAGUGCUCUACAGAGGGUGCUGGCCAUCACUGGGAAUGAGUUCUGCUGUGACUGUAGCCAGAGUGAUCCUCGCUGGGCUAGCAUCAACCUUGGCAUCACACUCUGUAUUGAGUGCUCAGGCAUUCACAGGAGUUUAGGAGUUCACAAUUCAAAGGUGCGAUCCCUCACACUUGAUUCAUGGGAGCCAGAGUUGCUUAAGUUGAUGUGCAAGCUGGGAAAUUGUGUCAUUAAUCAGAUCUAUGAAGCUCGUAGAGAAGAGCUGGGUGGAAAGAAACCUCAGCCUGGAGACCCCAGGUAUUCCUAG